GUGUUUUCAUGGUCAGGAAAGAGGAAACCCGUAACCACUGUGUACAUAUUUUGGUCAAACUUGAAGAAUACAAUGUUUCAAGUUUAGGAUUGAAUUGCUUUCAUUGAGGGAAGAGAAACAAACAUCCACAAGUGACAACCGAUACAAGCCCUGGUGAUCUAAGACCAAAGCCAAAAGGACAUCUGUGCUGUAGACCGAUAAACUGAGCUGCUUCACUACUUCCUUCAAAAGCCUGCCUGGUCUCUAGCCCUAGAAGACAACAAGUACAAUGCCCUCAGACAGAGCAAGGAGAGGGUUUUUCUGCCAUGAGCAAGAGUGGCACAACGGAGAGCGAGCCGCACCUUACUGAGCACUGGCAUGACUACUACCACGACCACGGACACCAUGGGCACCAAGAUUUGUUCCGCCUUCUUACUUCUUCUAAUAUUACAAGGGUCAUGGGCUUUCAACACGACAGCUAGCAUGGUUGCAGUGUCCAGCGAGCCCCCUGCCACCAAUGUUUCAGGCCUUGCAGACCACAGGACGGCUGUGAGCAGAACCACAAGAGAUGUGAUCCUUCAGAAGACUGGAGGUGGAAACAUCAGUAUGACAACGGGUCCUAUUUCAAUCCCACCAGCGGUCACCCAACCAGCUGUCAACAAGUCAACAACGCCCGAAGCCAGUAAGCCUACAACAACCAAACCAGAGACAACCUCUUCCACAACUAUGAAAACCAAAACACCCUGGAAACAAAAUCAAUGGUUCACCAACGAAGAUUACGACGAGCUGGAUAAGCGAUUCACGUAUGAUUACUUUACUCUGCGGAAGGCCGGGCUGGUGGUGGCGGCGGUGCUCUUCCUCCUGGGCCUCCUGGUGCUGGGCUGCGGACCCGGAGGACGCCUGCCAAAAUGCCGCCGUCUGAGGGCCACAAAGUCAUACCAAAUGGAGAAAAAAUGAGGACAGAGUUUCUGCAGAGUUAUGUAAAGUGUAGACUAACUGUGGAGUUGUGUGUGCAGAAAGCAUCAGUAAAGUACAAUUACCUAAAUAAAAUCCUUGUCUGUGUGUAUGUGUGUGUGUGUGUGUGUGCGCGCGCACUUGUGUUUGUGUCUGUGCGUGUGUGUUUGUAUUUGUGCAUGUGUGUGUUUACACAACUGUGUGCACAUGGGUGUGCUUUGUAUGACUAAGCCUCAGCACCAUGAGCCUAAGCCUCAUGCCUAAGAAUGGAAAAACACUGAAGACUUGAAGUCAACAUGAAUAACACAGACAGGGAAGACUGCAGGACUCUGGUUGACCUCCAUUAAAGUUAGCCUAGCUAACUCAACAUAAUGACACAACUGAGCGUGUCUUCAGUUUAUUUACCAAGAUAACUUAACCUAACUAAAGACAUACAUUUAGUUCAGUUAACCUGCUUUUUGAACCUCCCUAUAGCCACAAGCAUACGUGUCUUUAGUUUACCUACCUAACUAAAUAUCACUAAAGCACAAGUGUGUCAUAGUUUUAGUUUAUAAGUAUUUCUGUAUAUUGUGUCUUUAAUUUACCUAGCUAACUGAACCUAACUUAGACCUAACUAUAGACACAAGUGUAUGCGUCUUGAGUUAACCCGCUGACUAAACCAAAAUGAAACAUGUGUGUCUUUGUUUUUUUAACCCAGCUUACUAAACCUAACUAAACAAACACGUGUGCCUUUAGUUAGGUUACAGAGAUAACCAAACAGAGAUAACCAAACCUUAAUAAGACCCACAUAUAUUGCUUUUAGAUACGUGUAAGGACCCAUGCACGUUGCUUCUAGGUACUCGUUAAGGGGAAUCUACUUCAGACGCGAUGGGACACGUGACGGUUCUUGUAGUAUCAGCCAUCUUUUUUGACUUGACUAUUUUGUUCAACUUUUCAAUAUUUGGUUAGCUUUGAGCCAACAGAAACAAUGCUAUCCACAUUUUGUUUGAUGUUGUCAACAGCCCGAUAGUGGCGAAUCGUAAUUUUUAUUAUUCAAGAUAACUUUUCAGUUUUUGAUUACAUUGAAAUCAUCAGCCGACGUCAGGAUGUAAAUAAAAUAAAAUUAUCGGUUCUGUUUUCGGUUCUGGGAAGGUGUGUGUCUGUAUUCCAACGUCUCUAUUAGUCAUAGUGAUGACACGUGUUUGUCACAGUAACGACCAAUACAGUAAUACUUAAGAGAUUACCUGUGUGUGUAAUGCUGCAUGUCUUGGCUGGCCUGACAAGAAAACAGCAAGCCACUUUAGACUGAAAUACAAGUGGUUUGUUUUUAUUAGGAGCCCGUUUUUGUCAUUAUAUAUUUAUUUUUAAAAAAGCAUGAAAAUGGCAAACAGACAUUUUAUUGCUGAUAUGAUCAAGAACAUUUGAAAUGAGGGUAUUGCUUUACCACCAGGUGGAGCGAACACAGAGCGAGGAGCAACAGCUGUUUCCCUUUGCUUAGAGUAUUGGUAGCACAGGUAAUAACAAAAUGUAAAGUAACUAUAGCAUAAUAGUAUUAGAUAGUAUAGCAGCUAUGUAAAACUACUGUACUAUCCCAUAGUGUUAGAUAGUUUAGUAGAAUGACAUAGUAUGGCAAUGAUGUAAAACAACUAUACUAUCUUACAUGGUUAGAUGGUUUAGUAGUAUUAGAUAGAGCUUGCAUAGUAAGCAUGCAGCGAGCGCAUGCCUGAAUGACAUCAUAAAAAGAGAAACCUUUUUUACAUAUAUAUUUGUAUAUAUAUAUAUAUAUAUAU